CGGUUCGGGUUUGGCAGUUGGGGCUGCCGUUGCAGGAGGAGAAGUGGUUUCAGUGCGCAGGCGCGAAUGCUGCGUCCGUUUCUCGCCCUGUGAGGAAACCGCGCCGCAGCGAGCGAGCGAGCGAUCUUCCGGCGCUGCCUGGGGACUUGGAGGGGUAAAUCCGAUUGGCUGCUGGGAACACUUUGAAAUGUUGUCUGCAAUGAAAUUAAUAUUAACACUCUUUCUUUCUGGAAUUGUAGCCUGUUAUGGUGGAAAUGCUAACGAUGAUUCAAUACACAAGUUACUCCUGGUGUCCUUUGAUGGUUUCAGGGCUGACUAUCUGCAAAACUAUAGACUUCCUCAUCUCCAAAAGUUUAUUGAGGAUGGUGUGUUGGUAGAACAUGUUACAAAUGCUUUUAUCACAAAAACUUUCCCAAACCAUUACAGCAUAGUGACAGGCUUAUAUGAAGAAAGCCAUGGCAUUGUGGCUAACACAAUGUAUGAAGAAGAUACAAAGAAGACAUUUUCGGAGUUUAAUGAUACAGAUCCUUUCUGGUGGAAUGAGGCAACUCCUAUUUGGGUGACAAAUCAGCAGCAAGAGAAUAGAAGAAGUGCUGCUGCAAUGUGGCCUGGUACUGAUGUAAAAAUUAACAACACAAUACCUCAUUUUUUUAUGAAGUAUAAUAAUUCAGUAACAUUUGAAGAGAGAAUGGAGCACAUUACUAUGUGGCUGAACAACUCUAACCCACCAGUUACUUUUGCUACGCUCUAUUGGGAAGAACCAGAUGCAAGUGGGCAUGUAUAUGGACCAGGAGAUAAAGAAAACAUGAGAAGAGUGUUAGAACAAGUGGAUAACCACAUUGGUUCACUUAUUUAUAAACUCAAGGCAUUGGGAUUGUGGGAGAACAUUAAUGUCAUAAUUACAAGUGAUCAUGGAAUGACUCAGUGUUUCCCGGACAAGCUGAUUAGACUGGACAACUGCAUUGGCCGUGGUAACUACACUCUGGUAGACAAGACGCCAGUUGCUGCAAUACUACCAAGAAAUAACAAAACAUAUGUAUAUAACUUACUGAAAAACUGCAGCACUUCCAUGAAGGUGUAUCUUAAAGAAGAGAUUCCAGACAGAUUUCAUUACCAUCACAAUAAGCGCAUUCAACCCAUAAUUCUGGUUGCAGAUGAGGGCUGGACAAUUGUACAAAGUGGGUCAUUUAGAAAAUUAGGUGACCACGGCUAUGACAAUGCUCUCCCAAGCAUGCAUCCGUUCCUGGCUGCUCAUGGUCCUGCUUUUCACAAAGGCUACAAGCAGAACACAAUUAAUAAUGUUGAUAUCUACCCAAUGAUGUGUCACAUCCUCAGACUAAAACCUCAGCCCAAUAAUGGAACCUUCAGCAACACCAAGUGCUUGUUAGUUGACCAGUGGUGCAUAAAUCUCCCCGAAGCAAUUGGAAUAGUUGUUGGUGUCCUCCUUGUGUUAACUACUCUGACCUGCCUUAUAAUAAUCAUGAAGAAUAGAGUGUCCUCUCCCCGUCCAUUCUCCCGACUUCAGCUACAAGAGGAUGACGAUCCCUUAAUUGGAUAGCAGAUGUAGGAAGUCCUAACCUCACUACUUACUUCCAGACCCUAAUAUCUAUGUAUAGUAUGAAGCACUUUAAACAGUACUCCAUUUAAAAUUGCCUAAGAUGUACAGACAAAAAUCUGUUGAACUGUUUGCCUCUGCACCUUGACUAACAAUUCAAUAGCACAAGAUUUACAAAAAUCUACACUGAAAGGAUCCUGUUGCCGACUGCAAAAGGCAUUUAACAAGACAAAGAUGUUUUGCAUUUGGGCAUUUACACACUUGUAAAAUUAUAAACUAGCUAGGCUAGGAGUCUGAUCUCUAACACUUGUAAAUGAAACAUACUGCAUUUGCUAUUAAAAUUAAUAGCAGUGAUUUCUUUACAAUUCUUGCACUCAUGUAUCAGUUGGAAAACUCUGUCCUGGGUCUUAAACUUUAAGACCAGUGGUUCUCUGGCUGGUGUAUAGUGAUUGUUCUCAGAAACAGGGAUUCCAAUUUCUUGUAGCUAAAUAAACCAGCAGUAGAAAUUCCACACUAGUGGCAGUUCUCCCCUGCAACUAUUAUAAGGCAAGUUGUACAAUGUUCCUAGUUUAACUAGGAGGUGGUGUAGUCUAAAGUACAGGAAUGGGUUGAUGGAUAUCAAGUUCUUGUCCUACUUCUGACUGACUUUCUGCAUGGCCUUGUGCAAGUCAGUUGACUUCUCUACCAUAGUUUCCUCAGCUACAGAACUGGCAUAACACUUAGUUACCUUGCAGAAAAGACUUAAGAAUGAGUUUGUUUGUGAAAUGUUUUUGCAAUUCUCAGGUGGAGGUCUUGAAGUACAAAGUACUAUUAAAGAAGAAUAUGAAACAUUUCUCAGAUACACCCCUACUUACCUACAUGCACUCUUUCAUAUACACUUGAAAAAAAAUGUGGGAUUUUUUCUUUAAAUGGGCCCCUCACUUCAGGGUUCAAAGCUUUCUCUGGUUAAAACAUGAUUGUAAUAACACAUGAAGAAAAACUUAGUGCUUAGGUAAGGAUAUGAAAAAACAAUGGACUUUAUCUUAGGAGGAUGGUACCUUUUGGGAUCUAAAUCUAUUAACAACUUUUAAAGUACCGUUGGUUUACAAUGGAAUUAUCUGAAAACCCCUGAAACUAUUAGUGAUGUGGUAUGACUUGCUAUAUGCCACGUUACUCCCAAGCUACUUAUCAGUGUUUGAAGAAAGAGCUCAAAGUACUGCAUGUUGCUCUUGAGUAUCAGCAAGGCACCAUUCAAGAGUGGCAUCGGCAGCUCUAAAGGGAGCUGCAUCAAGUUUUCCAAGGGGUAGAAAGAAUGGAAAAUAAAGGGAAUCAGUCAUCUUUGUGUGCGUGUAAUGUGCUUAAGAUCAGACUAUUUUUAAAUGGCUAGUGCCUUAACUUAGUGAAAUAUUUAUAUUUUGAUUGUAUGGCUUUAGUUUCUGUGAAAACAUUUUGCAUAUGUAAAAUAAAUUUUAGUGUCUUAA